AUGCAGAAAUUCGGCUGUCCCGAGCGGUUCACUCAGAUUUUGCGUCCGCUCCAUGAUGGCAUGACAGCGUGCGUGACGGACAAUGGAGCGGUCUCAGAAUCAUUCGCAGUGACCAAUGGAGUGAAGCAGGGCUGCGUCCUCACGCCUACCCUCUUCAGUCUCAUGUACUCUGCCAUGUUGAUGGACGCCUAUCGUGAUGAACGCCCCGGGAUCCGCGUGGCCCACAGGACAGACGGUCAAAUCCUCAACCGCCGGUGGAUACACUUCCAGUCGCGUGUAUCCACAGCUUCCAUCCAUGAACUCCUGUUCACUAAAGAAUGCGCUCUCAACGCCACCUUUGAAAGCGACAUGCAAAAGACUGGGGACCUCUCCGCCGCCACCGGCAACAACUUCGGCCUGACCAUCAACACGGAGAAAACGGUGGUUAUGCACCAACCGCCACCUCACGCUGCCUUCGAUACACCUCAAAUCAACGUGCACGGCGCCCAUUUGCAAGCCGUGAAAACCACCUCUCUUGGCAGAACCCUCUCUUGCAGCACCAAGAUCGACGAUGAAGUGACACGCCGAAUUCUCAAGGCCAACUCAGACGAGGUGACCCAUCGGAUCUCCAAAGCCAGCCAAAGCCAGUCAGUCGCCAGCAGAACACUGUGUAGAAUCGUCACUGUCUCCAUCUCAGUACCAAACUGAAGAUGUGCAAAGCGGUCAUCCUGUCGAUGCUGCUGUACGAAGCGGAGGCUUGGGCGAUGUACUAGAAGUAGGCGCAGAAGCUCAAACCCGAUCACGGACACGGACGUACUGCAACGGACAAUAAUCCUCAGCAUCCACGCCAUACUGAAAUAUUUGCAACUGGGCUGGAGCGACCACCUCGCGCAGACGGGUGACGAGCUGUUUCUCAUGCGACCCUUCUAUAGAGAUGUCGCCGCAGGUUCUCGUCACCAAGGAGACCAAUUCCAGCACUACAGGGACGCCCUUAACGCUCCUCUGAGCCGUCUGCAGAUCAACUCGACCAACUGGGAGGACACCGCCCGUGAACGACCGGCCUGGAGGAGGACAGUGAGGACUGAAACAGCGAUCUUCAGAGUCAACCUCCCUCCCUAGACGCCAAAGCCAAGCGCGAAGCUCGCAAAUCUCAAUUGCCUGCACCUUUCAGGGCCAAUAAUCAACAGCCUACAACCUGCCCACGGUGUCAGCGGACGUUCGGGACACUAAUCGGACAUUUACGAACCAACGGUAGCAUCCGGGCCACAUCGUCCUCUCUCCCCACGUCGACAAUCCACCGUAUCCACUCCAUUGAUCUUCCAUUGCCGUUCUUCGUCCCGUGAACAACUUCUGUGGUGGCCGCUACCCCAAUACCACUGCACACAACCCUGACGCACCGACGAACAUCAAUCUCACCACUGCCAACACAAUCGAUUUAGACUCUUUUCAUACCUGUCUUCAUUGCGAUCGCACAUUCACCUCACACACUGGCCUAGUCGGUCACUUGCGAAUCCAUUGCAGAGGUGCUGGCGAACCAGUACCUGGAGCUCUAACCUACACUCGCCGCAUCCGCCUCCACAGUCCACGCUGCCCUUGCUCAUGUACUCACCGCAUGGACCCAUUAGGCCGCACGCAUAUUCACGACAGCGAAAUGUGCCGCGGUCCAGACACACCUAGCACAUCUUGUGCACCAACCAUACCUUGCGCCCACCACCAGCAGCUUCAUUACCGCCACCAUCAUCUAAACCGGCUUUGACAUUGCCUACACUGUUCAUGUGCAUUCACCUUACCCAUCGGCCUGGUUGGUCACUUGCGAAUCCAUCUCACAAAGACCAGCAAGCCGAUGUCUGGAGCACCAUCCUACACUCGCAGCAUCCAUCCCAACUGUCCUUAAUGCGUCCGUACAUUCACUAAUCUCAUUGGUUCAUUGGGUCACAAGCGCAUUCGCGAAAACCUGCGGUAGGCAACCACCAGUUACACCAAAUCGCCUGUCCAGCACCUGCUUCACACAACAUCACCACUGCAAGCACUCGACUGCCGCAUCCCAUACAAGUGGGAAAUGUGCUUCUCGGCUCCUUCUUCUUGCGGCUCCUCUUCUGCUUGUAUGGUCCGAGUCUAAGAAUAUCACGCUGCGCCAGGCGUCGUGGUUCGGAAGGCUGCAGACUGAAUCCCCAAUUCAGUCCACGCAGUCUACCGAGUUGUGUGUGUGUUCGAGUGGAAUGACGGACUGGUGAACUGUGAGUCAAGCUUCACCACCUUCUCCUCAAAAUGACGUCUGGGACUCACACAUGUGUGGAAUGUGUGUGUAUUCCAUGGGCAGUUGUCAAUAGAAGCGAAGAAAUGGUAGACCCCAGUGGUGGAACAGGUGCGCCUGUGCGCAUGUUUGUGUUUCCGAUACCAGCUGGUGGUCAGGGUUAUGAUUGGCUGAAUGAAGGCAAACAAGCCCGAAACAGUGCUGUAUCAAUCCACACCCCAGACUCUGUCGUCUCCCCUCUGCUAUCAUAGCUUGGCCGACUUCGGCCUGGUAGGUGGUUGCCUGUUCGUGUUUGAAUUAGUAACACCAACCCGGUCUUUUGACGACGGGUUGGUGUCACCACCUCGAUAAUUCACGAGUACAACUCGAUUUUUUCGACGAGCCUUCUAUCUUCAUCAUAUUAUCUCGGAAUGCACUCUACCUCAACCAUUCAUAUAUGUAUGAGUUGGAACGCACACAUCCCAAGAAAUAUAAUUUGAAGGCAAAUACGUUCCUUGGAACGGCCGCUCACUGGCCGAAGCACCAAACGAAUAUUGAUUUCUCGACACGUUUAAAAAGUUAAGUGUUUUUUGCACAUUGCCCGAGUCUGACGACGACACGGGGAACGGAUGCCGAAAAUUUACUCAGUAAAGUUUUUUUCCUUUUCCCAAAGAACGUAUUUGCCUUCAAAAAACUAUAUAUGACACAACGUUUACUGUCGCAAGUAGCAAGCCAGCGGAAGGACAGAAUGGGAUCAAGCAAGAUCUUUACCACAACAGUGAGGGUGACGCACUUACUGGACAUGUUUAUAUACCUCCCUUCAUAAAACCUGAGGCGCGAUGAUGAUCGGCAACGGCCAUGAAACACCUGCCUAUUUCCGACCUGUUGCGUGCCUAAUGAGCUGUUUACGUAUUAUACGUGGUAUGUAUCCUACGACAGAACGUUCGUUGUCGCCUAUAGAAAGCUUGAGGGCGAAAAAAUUGGGAACGAGCAAGACCCUCACUAGAACAACGAAGGUGAGGCGCUUACUUGACAUGCUGUUGGCAUGUAUCCAAGUAGGAAUUAAUACACAUUGGUCCAUUGGUUUCUCGAAGAGAACGAGCUCCAGAUUUGCGCCGGAGGUCAGGAACAGGCAAUCAUAAGCCGGGCCGAGCCCAACCAACCCAUGAUAACAGAACUAGGGACCCCAUUCAUUCAAUCAACAUUUUCGUAUUAAAUUUCUAUAUCAUCAACAAAACGUGGGGUAUUUUUUGAAGUCGCGUCGCGCAACCCGUAUGUGGCAAGCCUCAUAAACAGACAGAAGGUCCCAUCCAAAGUGAAGCGCUUUUUUCAAGCAACCGCGUUUCCAACUGAAUGGCAGUCAUGAAGUCUGUUCGCUAGGAUCAAAUAACUUACUGUGUCGAAGGAACUCACAAAGUCAAAAAAGGCCUUCCUCGUCGUGUUCACCUUUCUCAGCAUUCCCCCAGAAGGUUCAUGGGUCAGAAUCAUUCACUAAAUAAGCCGCUGAGGAGGUUUGCUUUUGCAGCUCCACUUGAUCGACACCAUAAGUUUGGUUUCCUAAAACAAUUUUUGUUCGGUUCAGUUCAGUGUAUUUGAGAGAAAGUAGGUGUAUACCUUUGAAAUCCCUAUUGGCUACACGCAGAGGAAGUACAUGCAGAAAGUGGAAAGGAGGUAACAUGAAAGAAAUGCAAGGGGAAUAUCAAAAACUGUACAGAUUAACACAGUAUUUCAUGAGUUAAGAUUAUUUAAAGGCAUAUAAACUCGGUUUAUCGAGUAGAUACAGCAGACAGUUGAAGCACACCUAAGAUACAUGGAAAGUGGUACAGGCAUCUUGGUGAGUGCGAGCAGCGUCGUGCGACGUGGUUUAAACAUUAAUAAACUACAUAAACACGUGUUACUUAAAUGUUGAUAGUAGCAUCAUCAUAUCACUAAAUUGUCAACGUUGGCUAUCAAGGCGGCUGCAGUCAGGCGGCAUUGUGGUGCGCACUCCGAUGUUGAUUUAGCCUCCUUUUAAAAGUGUCUACGGAUCCAGACAUAACAACGUCCUCAGGCAAAACAUUCCAAGCUGCAACCACUCUGUUGGAGAGGAAGAACUUUCGUGCGUCUAGCCGGGCAGCAGUCACACGUGGUUUGAGUGGAUGGCCUCUCGGAUUAGUCGUAUUCGCCAACUCGAAGAAGUCUCCUAAUGCGAGGCAGCGAUGCUGAAAGCUGGUAUCAGAUCCCCUUGUAUCUGUCUGUAACUCAAAGAAAAGAGAUCAAGACUAGCUAAUCGUGUUUCGUAUGGUAGUGACCACUGUCCAGGUACAAGUUUCGUUGCUCGCCGUUGAACUUUUUCGAGUAUGCUGAGGUCUUCAGCGGUCCACUCGCUGGAUUAGGAAGGGAAAAAGGCAAGCAGAGCACAAGGCACGCGCAGGGAUGCGGGUGAAGGUGGCGUGUACACACUCUCCCCGCUACAUAGCUACACGCUGGAUUGUUUAGAUAAGGAGGGAACCGCGUGGUAAUUAGCAGUGCAUGCCCACUGAAGUGGAACUAACAGAGUUCCAAUCCGUCCGAAAAGUUCCAUUAGCAAGCCUACUUAAACACUUGCUGGAUUAGGAUAAUAAAGAGGGCACAAGCAGGACUCGAAGCACGCGCAGGGAACUGGUGUCUGAUAUAAACGAGGAUGUCAUUUAAGCCCUCCUCCCCCCCCCUCGGCGCAGUUACUCGCUGCAUUAAAACGGUAUGGAAGGUGCAAACGCGUGAUAUUUGUAAAUUUAACGUAAUUGCGCCUGCUAAAAUUGUUUUAGGAAACUAACCCUAUGAUAUCAAGCAAAUAGUACUGCAGAACGAGACCCCGCCAAGCCAUUUUGACUGGACUAAAACUAUUUAUUGGCCGAAGAAGAACUAAUACGUCCAAAAGGAUUUUCUCUGUGAUUCUCUAUACUACACUGAAGAAGCCAUGGCGACGCUGAUCUGCCGCUAGCCAACCGCAGUCCUCCUUGGGCAAGAAGUUGGCCUGCGUUUAUCGUCAGCCACUUGGUACGCAGAGCUUUCGAAGGCUGACCACUCGAAAAAGUUGUCUUGAAUCAUAAGUGGAUCGUCGUUUUUGAUCACCUACACAAAACUUCGGGGGAAGUAUUUCAACGAGUAUGGAAGCAGAUUCUUCAGAGGCCUCUAUUUAGCACUACUGUUAUUCCAUAACAAUUGGAAGCCCAUUGUUCUUCCUCUAUCUACGGAUAUGACCAAGACACUGAACUAGCGUAGCCUGAAUUGGUCGAGUUUAAUAACGACUCCGGAUCUAUAUCGAGAUGCAAACCUUCGCUCCCUGGGAGCGUACAUCAGUAGAAGAACCGCAGACUACUUUCUUUGGCUGUUUGCCGCCUAAGCUUACGGAUUAUCUAUGGGGUGAGAGUCUUUAGGCUGGCGUGCAUCCUUAGUGCACGAGAGGGCGGGUUAUAAACUCAAACGAUAAGUCAAUUACGAACGCCAAAAGUUAAAGUUUAUUUUAAAGACACCGUUUUAGCGUUACCAAGUCGCAACAGAUUUCUUGUAGACAAUGUCAAAGCAUCUUCCUAACGGCUUAGCAAUAAAUCUUUCGUGCUGAACUUCCACAUCACAUCAAAAUCUCCCGAAAACGGAUUUUCAGACAUUCCCAGCAGGACGCAGAAAAGAGAAGGGUGAUCAUAUACCGCCGGAAAUCCCUCUUUUUUCAAGAAUGUCCGUGUAGGGCCUGAUUACUGCACCUGUGUGCUCAAAACUCUACAUAACUGCAAUUAUAGUUGCUUAGUUCCUUGUAGAUCUUUGUAGUUCCUUGAAGCCUUCCUUGUGCUUUUUGUUUAUGUGGGUGCCCAAUGGUCUGGCUUAAAAGAGUGCCUACUGCAGGAUAAAGGAGCAGGAAUCCAAAUGAACUCGUCUCUAAUUGAGGGUAUGCCUUUAAUUUCUUUUACUCCUCCAACCAGGUCAAUCAGAAAGUUGUUGCUUGCGACAACAAUUCGACUGCGCGCGCCAGAGUGUGCGUAUACCAGCCCAACCUAAUUCAUAGUACCCCACGGCGACGUACUGGCAUUCAAGUGAACGUAUGAUAUCUUGCCAAUUUGAACUUCUAGUGUAGAGUUAUCAAGCGGCAGUUCUACUCCGAACAGGCAACAGAGAGACUUGAGUCGCCACUCUAUUCUGUUCCGCAAAGAAUAGAAGAAAACCAACGGGCUGCUAAAGAUAAUACAAAUUCCGUCAUUUUUACGCCAAAAAACUCGGAAAGGAUUUUCGAAAAAGGCAAAGCACUGCCCUUUAGUAAACUAUACGUUGAGGAAUUAUUAAACUCGGUUGACCCGAAUAUCCAAUUCAUGAUGGAAGCCGAAACAAACAACCAACUUCCCUUCCUCGAUGUCCUUGUGCGUCGGCGUGUAACUGGGCAAUUACAAACUACCGUUUUCAGAAAAGUCACCGGCACAAGACAAGUACUACACUUCAACAGCAAUCACCCCCUCUCUCACAAAACAGCCGUGUCCGUACUCUUUUCCAAAGAGUUGAAGCACAUUGCAGCACACCAGUCGACAAAAGAGUUGAACGACAAUACCUUCAUAACGUCUUUCGAACCAAUGGAUACCCAAAGUACUUCAUCAAGCAAAGCAAGCACUGAGUCAACAGAUGACGUCCACAAGAAAAACAACCCGAAGUCUGGAGGGCUAUUCCUUACAUUAAAGGAAUCUAUGAAGCGGUUUCACGGCUGUUACAACCCGCCAGGUUAGGCAUAGCCCAUCUACCCCAGGAAACAAUUUGUCGCCGUUUGAUGCAACCCAAAGACGUACUGUCACUCACUGAAACGUCAGCAGUUGUCUAUCAAAUACGGUGUAACGAUAGAGAUUGCAACUGCGUUUGGGAAACCGAACGGAAAUUGCAGACCCGUCUACAUGAGCACAAACUGGCAACUCGAAGACUAGACCCAAACUCGCAGCUUGCGGCUCACAUCGAUAAAACCUGUCACAGUUUUGAUUUUCAAGGAGCAGCCGUCUUAGGCAGGGGCACCUUAAGGACAGAGCGUCAACAAUUGAGGCUUGGUGCUCAGAUGCCAACUCCAUUAACAGGCAUCUAGACCUUCCUUCGGCCUAUAAAGUCCUACGUCAAUACAUACGCCGUGACGAAGACAAGACAGUCAUACGGCGCCUAAGACUACCGAGCAAACACGGCCUGUCGACCAAUUCGCCCAAAAGGGGAACGCAAACGCAACUAACCCCAACUGAGUUGACGACACACAAUACAGGAGGCCACCAACACUCACAGGCGACGACCAGUAGGCCAAGGCACCGAAAGAGGAACAAAAUCGAUCAGCCCAAGGCCAACUAAUCCGGCUGUCCAUUCAAAAAUUCUGAUCAAUUUUUUCACUAGACGCUUUGAUAAUGGAGAGCCGCCCCAGUUCUUCGAAACGUCAGCCAAUUAAGUACCUCGAUCUGGGGAGCACUUCAUUUUUCUCAGAUUAUCAACCCGGAUCUUUUACUUUUUCUAGCCUGAAAUUAAUGUCAGUUCCUAUCAAACAUGCAUUAUCUUCACUUCUGUUUCGUAUAGUAUUCUUGAGUACUGCAGAAGACCCUAUCAAAAGUUAAAUAAGCUGAUGUAAGGGAACGAACAAGGUUGAACUUUUGCAGACAUUUGGAAUCAAUGAGAAAGGUGCAUUACUAAAGUGGUAAAUUUUUUUAGCGUACCGGGUAAAGGUGACCGAAACUAUGCUCAUUAUAAAUUUUUCUAAUCAGUUUUUCAAUCUCGUCCAAAUAAUAUUUUCCAUUUGGAAAUGAACCAAGUAAUGUUGGCCGAUGCUUUAAAAGUUUCGGCCCAUACUCUCAAUAGUGCUAAAUGCAUGCAAUUGCCAGACAAUUACAGUCACCCCAAAAUUCUAAAAACCACUGGCUCGACACUUGCAGCUCGUUCGUUCGAUAAGAUUUAAUCAGUUUUUCUCCCCAAGAAUGCCUUUCGGUCGACGAGUCUUCCUCCAAAACUGAUUAAAUAUGAACGAACUUAUGAGUACUACUCGCGUAUUUACUAGUGGCAAGUCAUGCAACUGAAUGGUACUUAUCCAAGCUUCAGUCAGUUAUCAGAAAUGUAAGGGGAUCUGAAAACUGGAAAAUGAGUGGCAAGAAAUAUUAUUGACCUUCUCGCUUUAAAGCCAUCUGAAAGAAUGUAGUCAAAGGGCGGUGGAUCGCCCUCUGUGGAUAAGAGGAGAGACACGAUGUUUUUUCGGGCUAAGUUGAAUCGAAAAGUUGAAAUAACGUCGAAGAAAGUAAGGCCCCGACUGCAUACAACAAACAGUAAAGAUUUUGGGUCAGAUAACCUUUUCUGCUCUAGCAACAGGCUUAAUACUUAUUCAUUUAGCUACCCAUCGCGGAAACUAUAAACUGUACUAAAUGGAAGAGGCUGACCUUCAGUAAUAUCCGCGACUUUACGUAAAAUAAUCCGACAAGUUGCCAAAAAGCGACCUGCGAAGGGAUUUGUGGAUUUUCAGCGGGCUUAGUGGGCAAGAGAGCCAUUUGUACUUCACAAGUUGAAGGUGAGUUAAUGUUCGCGGACGCAUAGGAUUGAAUACAGUCCACGUCACUGCCACUGUUGACUACCCGCCUCCAUGUAUAUGAUGAGGGGAGAAAACGUUCGUUUAACUCAGUCAGCUACCCAGCAAUCAGCAGGACAAAAAAGAGCGCCCAUGAGCAGAAUUUUGCGUUGCGAGUUAGCCGGGAGGCUGCCUGUACUCUGCUGAAAAUAUACACACACCGUUAGCCGAUCCACCGAAUGGCGACGGUUGUGCACCUAAGUAAGAACAAGAUAAAGAGCAAGAAGGCUGGCGGGAAAAACUAGCAAAAAAAAUAGGAAAAAACAGAAGUAUGGAAAACUGAGAAGAAAUAGAUUAAGCAAAAAUAACAAAGAUAAGCAACUAACUAAAAGGAAAAAUGGAAAGGGUGAUGAUGACGAUGAUGAUGAUGAUGACGACGACCACGACGACGAUGAUGAUGAUGAUGAUGAUGAUGAUGAUGAUGAUGAUGAUGAUGAUGAUGAUGAUGAUGAUGAUGAUGAUGAUGAUGAUGAUGAUGAUGAUGUCAGGAGUUUUCAUUACCAAGGAAGGUGUGGAUGUACUACGUGGGCUUACUAUGAUUAA